AUGGCAAAUGCAGGAAGAAAGACACUGAAGAAAGCUGAUGGCCGGCGGCCAAGGAGAAAUGCCAUUCAAUUAACCAAUGAAUAUACAGUGGAGACAUUGGUGGUGGCGGAUUCCGACAUGGUCGAGUAUCAUGGGGCCGAAGCUGCUCAACGAUUCAUAUUGACUGUCAUGAACAUGGUAUAUAACAUGUUUCAGCAUCAUACCCUGGGAAUCAAGAUCAAUAUUCGAGUGACCAAACUAAUCUUGCUUCGUAAUCGUCCAGAGGAGCUAUUGAUUGGCCAUCAUGGAGAACGGUCACUGGAAAGUUUCUGUCGUUGGCAGCACAAGGAAUUUGGAGCAAAAUAUCUGGGGAAUAACCAUGUUCCUGGUGGGAAAGAUGACUUUCCAGCUGUGGAUGCUGCUGUGUUUGUCACAAGGACCGAUUUCUGUGUACAUAAAGAUGAACCUUGUGAUACUGUAGGAAUUGGCUACCUUGGUGGAGCAUGCAGUGCAAAACGCAAGUGUGUGCUUGCUGAAGAUAACGGUCUCAAUCUGGCCUUUACCAUUGCCCAUGAGCUGGGCCACAACCUUUUUGGUGUCUUCAGCAGGACGAGUGUGAGCCUGGCCUCCCGAGCAUGUGCGGCAGCAGUUGCGAAGAGUCAGCUCCUCGGGGAGAGCAAGGCCCUCGAGUGUGGGCCCAGUAGCGAGAGGUGGCGCCAGUGUGGUGACUUCAGGUCGAAAGUCAGUGCCUGCCUCUUGGAAACUGACCCUAGAAGUCACUAUAUAACGCGACUACCUCCUAAACUGCCAGGCAUGCACUACAGUGCUGAUGAACAGUGCCAGAUUCUUUUUGGAGCCAACGCAACUUUUUGCAAAGAUAUGGAGCACUUAAUGUGUGCUGGUCUAUGGUGCCUGGUAGAAGGGGAUAAACGGUGCAAAACAAAAUUGGAUCCUCCUCUGGAUGGUACAGAAUGUGGUGUUGAUAAAUGGUGCAGAGCUGGGGAGUGUGUCAGUAAAACGCCAAUUCCGGAGCAUGUGGAUGGAGACUGGAGCACUUGGAACCAGUGGAGCAUGUGCAGCCGGACAUGUGGAACAGGAGCCAGGUUUAGACAAAGAAAAUGUGACAAUCCCCCUCCAGGGCCAGGAGGGACAAACUGCCAAGGAGCCAGUGUGGAGCACAUAGUAUGUGAGAACUUGCCUUGCACCAAGGGAUUGCCAAGUUUCAGGGAUCAGCAAUGCCAGUCUCAAGACAGGCAAGGUCAUAUGAAGAAAAAACACUGGACUGCAGUCCUCAACGAUGAUGAUCCCUGCACUUUGUAUUGCUCCUCUUUUGGGAAAGAGUCCCCUGUCCUGGUAGCCGAGAGAGUUCUUGAUGGUACUCCCUGUGGACCAUAUGAGACGGACCUUUGUGUGAAUGGCAAGUGUAAGAAGAUUGGCUGUGAUGGAAUCAUUGGCUCAGCAGCCAAAGAGGAUCGCUGUGGUAUGUGUAACGGUGAUGACAAGUCCUGCAAAAUCAUCAAAGGAGAUUUCAAUCAAAGCCGAGGAAUGGGUUAUGUUGAAGCCACUGUGAUCCCUGUUGGUGCCAGGAGGAUUCGUGUAGUAGAGGAGAAACCAGCCCACAGUUUCUUGGAUUUUCGAUGUGUAGAUGACUUAGAGGCUGUGCUGCUAUUUCAUGACCAAAGCUACGUUAUCCACUAUGAAUACACAAUCUUGGUGAACAACUCCAUUGAAAGCAGUGACAAGGUGCAAAAACAGCUGGAACCUUUUUACCUGUGGACAAACACUGGCUGGGGGGACUGCAGUGUACAGUGUGGAGGAGGUGAGCGGAAAACAAUCGUCCGUUGCACCAAGAUUUUGAAUAAGACAUUGGAGGUGGCAAAUGACAGCGAUUGUCAAAACCUGACCCGACCAGAUCCACAGGUCAGGAAGUGCAAUAUACAUCCAUGCCUGUCACGCUGGGUGGGAGGCGAAUGGACUCCAUGCUCCAGCACCUGUGGAAAAGGCACUCAAUUUCGGAAUGUGACCUGUGUCUAUCAGCUACAAAAUGGCACGUAUUUCAAGACAAGAAAUCUCUACUGUCUUGGUCCAAAGCCAUCUACAGUACAGGGCUGUGAAGGACGUCAUUGUCUCACACUGUGGGAAGCCUCGGACUGGUCUAAGUGCUCGACAGACUGUGGUCGAGGAGUUCAUCUAAGGACAGUGAACUGCACCAGUCCACAAAGCAAGUGUGAUCUUGCAACCAAACCCAAUGAGGAGGAAGAGUGCGAGGACCACACAAACUGCUACAAGUGGCGGACAGGAGAAUGGUCAAAGUGUUCCUCCACAUGUGGCAAGGGCCUGCAGUCACGGGUGGUUCAGUGUAUGCAUAGAGUCACUGGUCGCCAUGGCAAUGAAUGUCCAACCUUAAGCAAACCACCAGCUUACAAACAAUGCCAGCAGAAACCCUGCAAUGGAAACAUCAACAUCAACACAAUCACCUCACCCAGCCUUGCUGCCUUGACAUACAAGUGUACGGGAGAUCGGUGGACAGUAUACUGCAGGGUAAUCCGAGAGAAGAACCUGUGUCAGGACAUGCGAUGGUACCAGCGCUGCUGCCAAACUUGCAGAGACUUCUACGCAAACAAGCAACACCAUGGUAGCUAAUCACAGGUUUUACUGCAGCGUCAGAUAAUUUAAGAGGAGCUUCAACUCUGCCUGAACCUGAGCAGAACUGAUAAUUUCUAAAUAAUUUCUAAAACUGGAAGAGAACAAUGUUCGGAUAUGCUGUGGACUCCACCCAACAGUUACCCACAGUCUGCACGAGAUCUCUGCAGUUUUGGAUUGUGCUGCAUUAAACAGCUUCAGAAACCAAAAUAGUGACACUUUCAAGAACUGCUCCCUGUGAACUCCCUUUGGUUCUGCAUUUACCUAUUACUGCAACAUUAGC